AUGCUAUCCGAGCGCACAUAUCCCAAGACCCUAUGUCCCUCAGAAAUCGCGAGGUCAAUGACAUCCUCGGAACUGCACGAGCUUGGGGCCUCAGAGUGGCGGGACCUCAUGCCCCAGUUGCGGCGUAUGGCUUUUGAAGCCCGGGACCGGGGCGAGCUCGAGAUUCUGCAGCGCGGAGAGGUCGUGGCUGGCGAUAUUGGUCUGGAACAUGUGCGAGGUCCGAUCAGGUUGAGGAAGGUCGUUCGCAGCUGA